AUGGGCCUUGGAAAGACUGUGCAGUCGAUCUCGGUCAUGGCGUACCUUGCGGAAACUCAUAACAUCUGGGGUCCUUUCUUGGUCAUCGCUCCUGCUUCUACCUUGCACAAUUGGCAGCAGGAGAUUGCACGCUUCGACACACAGUACUUCCAGAGGAUGAGGUGGCAGUACAUGAUUUUGGAUGAAGCGCAGGCAAUCAAGAGCUCUACAAGUUCUCGAUGGAAAGCACUUCUUGGGUUUCACUGUAGGAAUAGGUUACUAUUGACGGGUACCCCGAUUCAGAACUCUAUGCAAGAACUAUGGGCCCUUCUUCAUUUCAUUAUGCCUACAACACCCAGCUCAAUGAAGCGCAACUUCGCCGCCUACAUAUGA